UCAGCCUUUUGUAUAUAAACAGUUACAGACUCAGAGUUUUCGUCUACCGCCAUUAACCUCCUUCUUACUAGUACAGAAACACCUUCCUCCCCCUCUUUUAUGUUCCAACUGCCACUGCAUGCAGUCAGUCCCAGAGCUUACUCUGCAACCAUUUCUCUCUGGAUUUAGUCGUCGAACCAGUGCUAGUGCCCUAGUUCCGCUACUUUCAAGACUGCCACGGAAAGUUGAGUUGAGUACCUGUGGACGGAGUGGCAAGGAAAGGUUUAAAUAGAAAAAAUCCCGAAGGAUGGCCGGAGCAGGAGGUGGUCGUUCUUUGGAGGAAACGCCGACAUGGGCAGUUGCCGUUGUCUGUUUCUUGCUGGUCCUCAUUUCGGUUAUCAUUGAGCAUAUCAUUCACCUCAUUGGAAAAUGGUUAACAGCUAAACACAAGCGAGCCCUAUACGAAGCGCUGGAAAAGAUCAAAUCUGAGCUUAUGCUGCUGGGGUUCAUAUCCUUGCUGCUUACGGUAGGACAAGGAAUCAUCUCUGAGAUUUGUAUACCAGAGAAGGUAGGAAGAACUUGGCAUCCAUGUAGUAAGAAGCAAGAGGAAGCCAAGGAAGAAGAGAGUUCGGAAGAGCACCGCCGGAGACUUCUAGCGAUACCAGAUUCUGUUGGAAGUGUCCGUCGUGUCUUAGCCGGAGGAGGAACCGACAAAUGUGCAGAAAAGGGCAAAGUACCAUUUGUGUCGGCCGAUGGAAUUCACCAGCUUCACAUCUUCAUUUUUGUUUUGGCUGUUUUCCAUGUGCUCUACUGCAUCAUCACCAUGGUUCUGGGUAGAGCUAAGAUGAGAAGAUGGAAGGCGUGGGAGAAAGAAACAAGAACGGUGGAAUACCAGUUCACCCAUGAUCCGGAGAGGUUCAGAUUCGCAAGGGACACGUCCUUCGGUCGAAGGCACUUGAAUUUCUGGAGCAAGACUCCUGUUCUCCUCUGGAUCAUUUGUUUUUUCAGACAAUUUGUUAGAUCGGUUCCGAAGGUUGAUUACCUGACACUGCGACAUGGGUUCAUCAUGGCACAUUUGUCACCUCAAACUCAUGCUCAAUUUAACUUCCAGAAGUACAUCAACCGAUCACUUGAAGAGGAUUUCAAGGUGGUUGUUGGUAUAAGUCCAACGAUCUGGUUUUUCGCGGUGGUGUUCUUAUUAUUCAAUACGCAUGGCUGGUAUUCUUAUCUAUGGCUUCCUUUCGUCCCAUUGAUUAUCGUCCUAUUGGUAGGAACAAAGCUACAGGUGAUCAUAACAAAGAUGGGGCUUAAAAUUCAGGACAGAGGAGAGGUAGUGAAAGGUGUCCCAGUGGUUGAACCGGGUGAUGACCUCUUCUGGUUCAAUCGCCCCCGCCUCAUUCUCUAUCUUAUCCACUUUGUUCUCUUUCAGAACGCCUUCCAACUCGCUUUCUUUGCAUGGACUUGGUUCGAAUUCGGGAUGAAAUCUUGCUUUCACGAGCACACUGAAGACGUGGUCAUCAAAAUCACAAUGGGAGUCAUCAUACAGUUUCUUUGUAGCUACGUCACUCUCCCUCUCUACGCCUUGGUAACACAGAUGGGUUCGACCAUGAAGCCCACCAUCUUCAACGAGAGGGUGGCUAUAGCUCUACGAAAAUGGCACCACACGGCGAGAAAGCAGAUAAAGCAGAACCAGAAGUCAGGAACGGCGACGCCCAUGCCCAGUAGGCCGACAACUCCUAGGCAUGGCUUUUCCCCGGUUUCUCUGUUGCAGAACCAACGCCGAAGUGAUGACGACAGCGUUCAGACAUCUCCAAGAUUCUCCAACUUCGACAACGAACAAUGGGAGGGUGAAGACACACCAUCCCCCUCCUACCACUACCACUACGGUGAACGGAGUUCGCACCAAAACUAUUUUGAUCACCAUGAACACCGUUUGGAUGAGCAGCAACCAGACGCCUAUGAGCAGAGUCCGCCCCCGCCUCCACCUAUCCGCACUCAACAUGAAAUCGACAUGGAUUCCGUCGAUUUCUCUUUCGCCAAAAGAUCUGCAUAAUGAAGUAAUAAUAUUACAUAUAGCAAAAGCAAAGCAACCAUAUACAGUUCCGACACGAUCGAUGGCGGCAGUGACUGAUCGAUGAUGAUGAGGAUUGACUGACGGCAAUGGCCAAUACCCAAUUAGGGAGAAGGAUAUUCGGCGGAACGAGAAACAACCCAACAGCUGGUCUUUGGUCUUUCCAAUACAAAUAUUGCAUCUGUAUCCGCUAUCCCUUUCUCGUAUAUAUACACUCCUCCUUCCAUCCAUCCCCAUAUUUUGCCGACCCAAUGAAUCAAUGAUGGAGCAUACUCGUUGUUAUAUGUUCAUUAUUUGUUUUACUUCAUAUAUCAAAUUUCUAUAUGCAUGCUAGUAUCUAAAUUGUACAGAAAUUGGGAAUUAUAUCCCAGCAAUGAAAUAAUAUAAUUAUGCCAA